UGGCAACCCAAACUCUCCAGGCUGUAUAAAACUGCACCAGUCCACUUUUGGCCGGAGACCCUUUAAACACACACAGCAAGUGGACACUAAAACUCUAGACUUUUCUAAACUUGUCUUUAAACCCUUGAGAAGAUGGCGGAAGGUGAUUUCUACCCCCUUGGCAGCAGGCAGCGGAUGGCGCGUGACCCCUUCUCCACGCACUUCAUGGAUCCGGACUUCUCCGUGCCCAUGUCCGCGUUCCCGGAGGAUCUGUCUCUGGACUGGCCUGGCUGGGCGCGCCCCCGCCUCAGCGCGCGCCUCGGCUCGCCGUGGACGGGCUCGAUGCGCUCCUCGUUCCCGCGCACCUCCAUGAGCGCGCAGAGCCAGCGAGGCGCGUCGCCGGCGGCCCCUGACGAGCCGUGGAAGGUGUGCGUGAACGUGCACAGCUACAGACCGGAAGAGCUCAGUGUCAAAACCAAGGACGGGUUCGUAGAGGUUUCAGGGAAACAUGAAGAGAAGCAGGACGAGGGAGGAAUCGUGACGAAGAACUUCACAAAGAAAAUACAGAUCCCGGUGGAUGUGGACCCAAUCACGGUGUUUGCAUCUCUUUCUCCUGAGGGAGUGCUGAUCAUCGAGGCGAGACAGACUCCUCCAUAUUACCUGUACAGUAACGAGGCUCAGACUGAGCCCGUGGAGGAACAAACCAAACCACAGGAAACUUCCACGGCUUAAAAACCCACUUCCUCCGAGCUGGAGUGGGUGGGGAUGUGAUUUUGUACUAAAUUCUUACUGCAAUUUCCAACUUGAAAUGUUGUUUCAUGUAAACGUGUGGUGGUGAAAUUUCUGAAAACCGGACGACUAAGACAAAAUAUCACCAAAAGGUUAUGCUAAUCUCGGGUGUAUGAGGUUAAAAAAGACAAUGAAGGAGAUGGUUUGGAAUAAAUGAUGGCGUUGCUCCUACUUGUUGCUAGGUACCCUAGCUAGCAGUACCCACUAGCGCUCCUGUGCUAGCUUCAAUCACAUGGCUGAGUUAGCAUCCCGAGUGAACAAAUAAUGCAAACAUAUUACCUCAGCUUUUUCAUGAACAAAAAUGAUCGUUUAAUCUAAAUCUAUCGCCGAAACCAAAUAUUUAGAAUCAAAUAAACAAAACAUUACGUUAAUCUAGAGUGAAGGAGAGAGAAUUAGCAAGUUAUUUUCCGUUAUUUAUGAACAUCUUAUUGAAAUGUUGACGCUGCUACAGUUGGAGUUUCGCCGAAAAGAACAAGCUUGAACUGAAAGAAAUUAGCAGAAACGGAUUAGCCAUAGCAUUUCUAAGAAAAGGAGGUAAAAAAAUUAGGUAACAUAGCAUAGAUAUUUUCUUAUUUUUACAUAAAACAGUAAACAUGGCUGUUUCUUAUCAUUUCAGCUUUAGUUAGCAAAGAUAGCCAGCUUGAGGUAACUUCCUGUGCUAUCUUGAACCUGCUAAAUUUAACAGUUGCAGCUUGAUGUUACCUCAGAAUUUGACGUUAUUUGCCUAAGGAACAAUUGAGCAGCCGCUUUGGACAGACUAAAUAAAGUACAGAGAGCUGCUAGCGUUAAAGCUAAAGGCAAGGAUUUUAGUAAAUUUUCUUCAUCCUUGUGACCCUGUGAGUUAGUUUUAUACAUGAUAGCAUGGCGAGAAUGUCGCGCACAGUAACGGCUAGGAAACGGGUUGUACAGAUAGGAUUAUGGAAAAUUUCGUAGAAACAAAUCGAUUUAAAAAAUUUUGCCGAAUCUCCGUGCGGUUUAUGGAGGAGGCUCAGCAAAAUGUGAUUUCAGGAAUACACCCAAAAUUGUGUGCGUGUGUGUGUGUGUGUGUGUGUGAGAGAGAGAGAGUUGUGCUCGAGUGUUAUAUUUGAUGAAAGCCAGCUCCCGUGAGCACUUGUUUUUAUUUUUCUUCUGGAGAUGCAGUGUGUUUUGUAACUAAACAUAUUAACAAGUGAUUAUCUUUAGUGAAGUCUCAAUUUUAUCAGAUUUAUUUUUUCCUGAUACUUCACUGGGUGUAAAUAUACUGUUUGUAAACUCGUACUGAGAAAUUCUAUGCAAUAAAAUGUCUUACACAAA